CGCCGGCCGCGGCGUUUGGCGGGUUUUUUCCCGGCGGCGCUCCUCGCGGAGAGGCUAGGCAGCGGCUCUCGGCAGGGAGUGUUCUCUGUGACCCGGUGGCUUCGGCCGCUGGGUCUCGUGGCGUGUCCCCGUGGCCUUCCCGCGAAGCUGAGCAGACUUGAGCCGAGGUCCGAGCCCGGCGGCCCCCUCCCGGGCCUCCCGGGUCACCAUGGCCGUGUCCACCCAGCAGCUGGCGGAGGAGCUGCAGAUCUUCGGCCUGGACUGCGAGGACUCCCUGAUGGAGAAGCUGGCAGAGCUGUGUGUUCAAUACAGACAGACUGAGGAGGGAAUGGUAAGCGAGCUUAUCGCCUUCUGCACCAGCACAGGGAAAAUGUACCUUACUUCAGAGAUCCUGCACUCUUUUGAACACGAGGUUCUGAACAAAAAAUUAUCCAAAGCUUGGCACAGUGCCUCCAAAAACAGUGGGCAUGCAGGAACGAGAGACAUUGUUUCCAUCCAAGAGCUAAUUGAAGCAGAGGAAGAAGAGGAGACGCUCUUGAACUCUUACACCACACCCUCUAAGGGUUCCUAUAAGCGAGCUAGCAGCUCCCUAGAAACCCCCCUAACAAAAAGGAGUGUCUCUGCUCUCAGCCCACAUCAGCUUCUCUCACCAUCAAGCUUCUCCCCAAGUGCUACCCCUUCCCAGAAGUACAACUCAAGAACCAACCGGGGAGAGGUGGUUGUCACCUUUGGAUCAGCGGAGGGCGUGUCUUGGUCCGGGAGAGGAAGUUCUGGAAGCGUCACCCUGAAGGCCAUAGAGCCCCUCACUGGCACCUACAAAUCUAUGUUUCAGCAGCUCCCAGAUAUUCGCGAAGCUCUGAUCUGUAAGAUAGAAGAGCUCGGCAGCGAACUGAAGGAGCAUUACAAGAUCGAGGCUUUUUCUCCUCUCCUAGUCCCAGCACAAGAGCCUGUCACCCUGCUGGGUCAGAUCGGCUGUGACAGCAAUGGGAGGCUGAACAGCAAGUCAGUGAUUCUUGAGGGAGACCGGGAACACUCCUCAGGCACUCAGAUUCCGGUGGAUUUGUCUGACCUCAAGGAAUAUUCCCUCUUUCCUGGACAGGUUGUAAUUAUGGAAGGAUUCAACACCACUGGUAGGAGAUUCACUGCCACCAAACUCUAUGAGGGUGUGCCGCUUCCAUUCUACCAGCCCACUGAAGAGGAUGGAGAUUCCGAGCAGACUAUGGUUUUAGUUGCCUGUGGACCUUAUACCACCUCUGACAGCACCGCAUACGAGCCCCUGCUUGAUCUGGUCACUGUCAUCAACCGUGACAGGCCCGAUGUCUGCGUCCUGUUUGGACCUUUCGUGGAUGCUAAACAUGAACAGGUGGAGAACUGUCAUUUGACGAGCCCGUUUGAAGAUGUUUUUAAGCAGUGCCUGAGGACAGUUAUCGAAGGAACAAGAAGCUCCGGCUCCAACCUUGUCUUUGUCCCAUCUCUGAGGGAUGUACAUCAUGAACCAGUGUACCCACAGCCGCCCUUCACCUUCUCUGAACUGCCUCGAGAGGACAAAAAGCGAGUGAGGUUUGUGUCAGAUCCCUGCAGCCUCUCCAUAAAUGGAGUAAUGUUUGGCUUGACGUCUACAGACCUGCUGUUCCACAUUGGGACCGAAGAGAUCUGUAGCUCUUCCGGGACUUCAGACAGAUUCAGCCGAAUCCUCAAGCACAUCCUGACGCAGAGAAGCUACUACCCACUUUACCCGCCCCACGAGGACAUGGCCAUAGACUACGAGAACUUCUAUGCCUAUGCCCAGCUGCUGGUCACCCCUGAUGUCUUCAUAGUGCCGUCAGAGCUGAGGUACUUCGUGAAGGAAAUCCUUGGCUGUGUCUGUAUGAACCCCGGGCGGCUCACCAAAGGACAAGUGGGCGGCACCUUCGGCCGCCUCUACCUCAGGAGGCAGCCCAGGGCCGCGGACGGCGGGGGCAGGCCGGGCCUGAGCGUGGCUGCGCAGGUGGUCAGAAUCUGAGCCUUCAGCCUGGGUCCUGCAGCCUCACAGACACCAGUGGCCCAGGCAUGGCCAUCUGAUGACCAGACCGUUGGUGUGCCUGACAAGGAUCUGGCCAUGGGGACAAUACUGCAGGGCUGGGGCCCCAUGGACUAUGCCUUGCCAUGAACCGCGCCUCCCUCCUUGCUUCACAAGGUAGAUAGGGUGUCCAGAAGUGAGCCAUCUGUGGAGACUGCCUGCCCAGAAAGGCAGAAAAACUUCGAUGUUCUGUAUGAAUCAAACAUGGCAUUUGAAGAAAUAAUUUUUUUUUUAGUAUAGCUGAUUUUAAUCUUCUUUUUUUUCUGAGUAGUGUCCUAGGAAUGCUGUCUACUUGACCUAUGUCCAGAGAAGGCAGAGCUUUGGUCACACUGGGCUCCUCCGUCCAGCCCCUUGGAGCUCUCCCAGCCUUACCCUGCAUCCUCCCAAAGUCCCCAGGCUACAGUUGCUGAGGAGGAAACUGGGCUGCAGAGCGAGCAGCUGGCAGCCUGCCCGGCUCUCCCUGCGCCGAGGCUCACAUGCGUGUUCUGGUCCCAGCCCCACCUCUCCAUCUGGAGGGGGCAGCCUGAUGAGCCCUUUGAUAGCUAGUCUCUGGCCAGUCUGGCUCUCUGCCAGGUCCAGCGCUCUCAGGUAAGGUCAGGGUUCGCAGGACACCCCCAUGCCCAUAUAUUCUGGCGUUUGGGGAGAGGCUGCAGAGUUAGAUUUCACACAGGUUUCUACCCCUUAUAAACAGGCUGUCCUGCUUCACCUGCCAAGGACAAAGUGGGAAAACCCCAGCUGCCAGGGCCUAGGAAGUCUUGACUGACAGAAAUGGGACCUCGAAGAGCCAGCCUGGGCUCACCUCUGAUGGGAGGAGGCCUCCGGGAAUGGGUUGCCCACCAUGAGACUGCUUCCUCUUGCCGUCUGUGAAAGUGCUUCGGAGGCUGGGCACGGCAGCCAUGCUGGCUGGUCUUACUUCAUCUUGACACACGUACUAGAGCUAUCUGCAAGGGGGGAGUCUCAGUUGUGAAGAUGCCUCCAUAAGAUAAGCCUGUAGGGCAUUUUAGUUAGUGAUUGGUGGCAGAGGGCCCAGCCUGUUGUGGGUGGGGCCAUCCCUAGGCUGGUGGCUCUGGGUUCUAUAAGAAAGCAGGCUGCACAAGCCAUGGGGAGCAAGACGGUAAGCAGCACCCUCCAUGGUGUCUGUGUCAGCUCCUGCCACCAGGUUCCUGCUCUGUUUGAGUUUUUGUCCAACUUCUUUCCUUGCGUCAAUGAUGCACAGCAAUAUGGAAUAGGAGCCAAAUAUACCCUU